AUGGGGACCCGCAGCCCUCCGGCGUGGCUCUUGCUGCUCGGGCUGCUGCUGCUGCUGCUGCUGCUGCUGCGGGGGAUCCAGGUGAGGCGCACGCGGGACGCACGGCCGCCUUUGACCCAGGAGCCCUGGGCGCACGCCAGCCCUGCAGGGGAGGACACGAGCGAGGGCGGCUCUGGGGGUGGGGGGAGGAGGAAUAGUCUUAAUUCGAAGGGAGGCCUUUGCACUUUUGCAGACUUCAUCCCGACGGAGAAUGUCUACUGGGAGAAGCCUCGACUCUCUCCGGCGGCGGCGGUUUGUAUUUUCGCUGCCUCCGAAGGUCACUGGUUCAAUCGCGGUCACCGGGAAGCCCGGCGCCUGAAACUGGGGCUCGGGGGAAACCCCGUCUCGUCUCCGCAUUGCAAAGGUGAAGACUGGAUCUACAGCAGCGAGUCCCAGAAGUGCUGCUAUCGAUGCCCCUCGGGGUUUGCACCCAAGACUGCGUGCCCCACUAAUCCCCGAAGUGAUUGCAUGAAGCAGUGUGGAGAGGGCCAAUUCCUGAACCAUGACUAUGUGAGGCCCCAGUGUGAGCUCUGCUUGACAUGCAACCCAGAACGUGAUCUUGUACAGAAGGCGCCCUGCACACGCAAUUCCAGCGGGGUGUGCGAAUGCCGGCCUGGGCUGUACUGUCAGACAAAAAUCCUAAACUCUUGCGCUCGAUGCCAGCCACUGACAACCUGCAAGCCGGGCUAUGGAGUCAAAACCAGAGGAACUUCUGAUCAAGAUACAGUGUGUGAAAAAUGUCCUCCUGGGACCUUCUCCACAGAGGAUUCAAGCACAGAAACCUGCAAGCCCCAGACAGACCGUCUCAAGUUGCAGCCAGUGACAAAAGAGAAAGGCAACUACGCACAGGAUGGCCUUGGGUCAGGCCCACCUUUGGCGUUCAGUGUUCAGCAGGCAGCUGCUUCGCGACCCGUUGGCAGCACCAGCGUUCUCAUUGGUUCCACGUCACCCAACUUUCUGGACACGACCACCAGACAACCCAUGAAUGAAUCAAAUACCAGAGGACCCUCUCCCAUAAUGAUACCGAAGGAAAAGGAUGUUACCUUCUUGGCAGCAGCGCUGCUCUUCACAUUUCUACUGCUGGCCGCCUUGGUGGUGCUGUGGAAGAAGAAAGCUUACCAGAAGUGGGUUGUCCCUCACAACGUGAAGACAUCCAAACAGACCAAGAUUUGGACCGUUGGAGCUGAGAAAGGCCCAGAAGAGGCAGAGCUGCACCCGGAAUCCCUCUCAGAAACCUCCAGUGGCUGCCCCUUGGAAAUGGAAGAAACUUCCAGCCUUGACCCCGAAGAGGCCAAGUUGCUUCAGGUGGACGGUGGAGGGCUUGUGGAACCUGUAGUAAGGAGCCAUACCAGCAACUGUAUCGAAAAAAUAUACAUCAUGAGAGCCGACACAGUGAUUGUGGGGUCUGUUUCGGAACUGCCCGCUGGCAAGACCAGCUCGGCUAGAGGGGAAGAAGGAAUCUGCGGUGUCCAAGAAGAAGGGAAGGAAGUGGAAGCGGACAUGCACUAUCCCGAACAAGAAACGGAAUUCUCUCCAGGAAGUGACAUCACAACUCCUGUAGAGGAAGAGUGGGAGUUCCCCCGUUCCAUCCUGGCCAAUGAGAAGCCAUUGGGGAUCCAGGAGGAAAGUUCUGGAGGGGCCAGCUGAGCAGAGUUGCUAACUGCCAAUAGUGUUGACGAUUCUUUUAAUAGGCAAACUUGGGGGGGGGGGGUUUGCCUUCACAACAACCCUGUGAGGUGCUGUGGCUGAGGGAGACUGGCUGCACUCGCUCCACACUGAGAACUGGGACAUUGUUUGAGGACAAUUCUCUUUAUUGUUUUAUGGGGAAGUGUUUUUGUUUGGGUAUUUCCAUGGCUGACUUGGAAGUCUGAAUUACCCACAAAAAACAGAAGUAAACAUAUCUUUAGGGAGGAGUUUUAAAGCAUAAUGGCUUGCCAAAGCUCAGAUAUACAGAAUCUUCUUUAUAUUUGAAUAUAUUUUCAAGCUUUAAUUUGAUUUUUUUUAAUUCCCAAAGGAAACAUGAUAAAGUAGUA